CGCCCGGCCCUGUGGGGAGAGGCAGGAUCCUGAGCCGCAGCCUGAGAACGGCCGCCCCCAGCUCCAUGAAUGGAAAUCGGCAGCGCAGGACCCAUCGGGGCACAGCCCCUUCUUAUGGUGCCCAGACGUCCCGGCUAUGGCACCAUGGGCAAACCUAUUAAAUUGCUGGCCAACUGCUUCCAAGUUGAAAUCCCAAAGAUUGAUGUCUACCUCUAUGAGGUGGAUAUUAAACCAGAUAAGUGUCCUCGCAGGGUGAACAGGGAGGUGGUGGACUCCAUGGUGCAGCAUUUUAAAGUGACAAUAUUUGGGGACCGUAGACCAGUUUAUGAUGGGAAGAGAAGCCUUUAUACUGCCAAUCCACUCCCUGUAGCAACCACUGGGGUAGAUUUGGAUGUAACAUUACCAGGAGAAGGUGGAAAAGAUCGUCCCUUCAAGGUGUCAAUAAAGUUUGUUUCUCGGGUGAGCUGGCACUUGCUGCAUGAAGUUUUGACAGGAAGAACCUUGCCUGAGCCUCUGGAACUAGACAAACCAAUCAGCACUAACCCUGUUCAUGCUGUUGAUGUGGUGCUACGACACCUACCCUCCAUGAAGUAUACCCCUGUGGGCCGCUCCUUUUUCUCAGCUCCAGAGGGCUAUGAUCACCCUUUGGGAGGGGGCAGGGAAGUAUGGUUUGGAUUCCAUCAGUCUGUUCGGCCUGCCAUGUGGAAAAUGAUGCUUAAUAUUGAUGUUUCUGCCACUGCCUUCUACAAAGCACAACCUGUAAUUCAGUUCAUGUGUGAAGUUCUCGACAUUCAUAACAUUGAUGAACAACCGAGACCUCUGACUGAUUCUCAUCGGGUAAAAUUCACCAAAGAGAUAAAGGAAUGCAGCAUGUCUAACUGUACAGUGAGCAGCUGUCACUCUACUUCACCAACACAUCUCAGUCAUUGUAAUAGAAAUAGCCACUGUAAGAAAACACUGCAAGGUCUGAAGGUUGAAGUGACUCACUGUGGAACAAUGAGACGGAAAUACCGUGUUUGUAAUGUAACAAGGAGACCUGCCAGUCAUCAAACCUUCCCUUUACAGUUAGAAAAUGGCCAGACAGUUGAGAGAACAGUAGCACAGUACUUCAGAGAGAAGUAUAACCUCCAGCUGAAAUAUCCUCAUCUUCCUUGUCUACAAGUGGGACAGGAGCAGAAACAUACCUACCUGCCUCUAGAAGUAUGUAACAUUGUGGCAGGCCAGCGAUGUAUCAAGAAGCUAACAGACAAUCAGACAUCAACUAUGAUAAAAGCAACAGCAAGAUCUGCCCCAGAUAGACAAGAGGAAAUUAGCAGAUUGGUAAGAAGUGCAAAUUAUGAUGCAGAUCCAUUUGUUCAAGAGUUUCAGUUUAAAGUUCGGGAUGAGAUGGCCCAUGUGACGGGGCGCGUGCUUCCAGCUCCAAUGUUGCAGUAUGGAGGACGGAAUCGAACAGUGGCAACCCCAAGCCAUGGCGUAUGGGAUAUGCGAGGGAAACAGUUUCACACUGGUGUUGAGAUCAAAAUGUGGGCCAUAGCUUGCUUUGCAACGCAGAGACAAUGCAGAGAAGAAAUACUGAAGGGUUUCACAGACCAGCUACGCAAGAUUUCUAAGGAUGCAGGGAUGCCAAUCCAAGGCCAGCCAUGUUUUUGCAAAUAUGCACAGGGUGCGGACAGCGUGGAGCCAAUGUUCCGACACCUUAAAAACACCUAUUCGGGACUCCAGCUCAUCAUUGUCAUCCUGCCAGGGAAAACACCUGUGUAUGCGGAGGUGAAACGUGUGGGAGAUACGCUGUUGGGGAUGGCCACGCAGUGCGUUCAAGUCAAGAAUGUCAUAAAAACAUCUCCUCAGACUCUCUCAAACCUGUGCCUAAAGAUUAAUGUUAAAUUAGGAGGAAUCAACAACAUUCUUGUACCUCAUCAACGACCUUCUGUGUUCCAACAACCAGUGAUCUUCUUGGGAGCAGAUGUCACUCAUCCACCUGCUGGGGAUGGAAAGAAGCCUUCCAUUGCUGCUGUUGUAGGUAGUAUGGAUGCUCAUCCAAGCAGGUAUUGUGCCACAGUGAGAGUUCAAAGGCCUCGGCAGGAGAUUAUCCAAGAUUUGGCCUCCAUGGUAAGAGAACUUCUCAUCCAGUUUUACAAGUCAACGCGAUUCAAGCCCACACGUAUCAUCUUCUACAGGGAUGGGGUUUCUGAAGGACAGUUUCGACAGGUGUUGUAUUAUGAGCUGCUGGCAAUUAGAGAGGCGUGCAUCAGUCUGGAGAAAGAUUACCAGCCAGGAAUAACCUACAUCGUAGUACAGAAACGACACCACACACGAUUGUUCUGUGCAGACAGAACUGAAAGGGUUGGAAGAAGUGGGAACAUUCCAGCUGGAACAACUGUAGAUACAGAUAUUACACACCCAUACGAGUUUGAUUUUUACCUCUGUAGCCAUGCUGGAAUACAGGGUACCAGCCGUCCCUCACACUAUCAUGUUUUGUGGGAUGAUAACUGUUUUACUGCAGAUGAACUUCAGCUGCUGACUUACCAGCUCUGCCACACAUAUGUGCGUUGCACACGAUCUGUUUCUAUACCUGCACCAGCGUAUUAUGCUCACCUGGUAGCAUUCAGAGCACGAUACCAUCUUGUGGACAAAGAACAUGACAGUGCUGAAGGAAGCCAUGUUUCAGGACAAAGCAAUGGGAGAGACCCACAGGCCCUUGCUAAGGCUGUACAGAUUCACCAAGACACCUUACGCACCAUGUACUUCGCUUAAAUAAAUCAAUAAAAUCGGAGCAUACUCACUGAAAGGAAGAACUGAAAAAUUAAGCCACAUACAAUGUAUGUUUCCGGUAGGGUCAGUUUAUGGGGUGCGCCUCCGAUCACGCUGAAGCCGACACUGUGCAGGGGCAAGGGGCUAAUCCUUAAAUUGACAUGUGAAGGAUUGUUUACUUCAUUGAGGAACACAGCACUAUUAUGCAAUAUGAAACCAGCCAACUGCUUUUUUGGGGCGAUCUUCUGUAGGAAGUGCCGUCGUCAUCAGUUACUUUUUUUUAUUUCUUGUAGCCUAACCCUUUUAUGCCUUUACCUCAAGUUGCUCGGCAGCACAACUAUCUUUGCAAAAAAAAGUUAAUGAUGUAGUUUAAAAAAAAACACAAACAACCUAUGGAACAAUCACAAUGAUUGUUGAGGGGGGAAGUGUGCAAAAAAUAGCCUUUUUCUUUUUACCCCAAUGCAUUGAGGAGGCUUUCUCUCAAUAUUGCCAUCAGCAUUUGAAUGGGAACAUAUCCAAGUACAUUUCAAUGUACAGCACUAAUUAGAAAAAAUUAGGGGAAGGGUUUUGCACACAUUAGUCCAUUAAUCUGAACAUAAUUUAGCCAACUGCUGCCUUUGUGUCUUUCUUCACAGUUUGGAGUCCUCAACUCCAAUAGUUCCCUUUAAAAAAGCUAGUGGUAUCUGUGCGGCAGUAGUGAUCCCAAACUCUUUUUGCUCCCUGGUGAGUUUACUAAAGCUGCUGUUUUACCUUAUCCAGAAGUUUCAACUAAUUCUCUAUCUGGCAAGUCGUAAAUAUAUUUUGAGCUUCAUGCAAGAUCAGAUGUUCCUUGUUUUAUGGGGUUACACAUAGUAAACACCAGAAAUGAAACUUUAGAGUUGAGGUCUUUAUUUGCUAGUUUACUUGCUGCCUCUCACACCUUAAUGUGAUUUCAUAUAUAUGUGUGUGUUUGAAGUUUAGCUUCUUUUUCUUAUAUUUAUUAGAAUAAUAAUGCUUUAAUUUAAUUAUUACAGAACAUAUGGGCAACAUCAAUUUUUAUUUUUAGAAAUGUAACCAUGUUUAUUUUAAAAAACAAACAAACUGACAACUUGUUUUUGCUAUCUUUUAGUGCAAUAAGCCGUUCUAAAGGAAAAAUGUGUCCGUUUAGCUGUAUUAAAGCGGCGUUUGUACCACUAACUGUGGGAGAAUGGACACCUCCACAAUUUUCAAAGGACAAAGUAAAAGCCUUAAUUUCAAAAGGAAAGUUUUAUAGUCAUCAGGAGUCAAACAUGUUCCUUUUCUAAAUCAAACCAGCUAAGAACAGCAAAACCUAUGCUUCUAGGAUUCUGCAAGCUUUAAUAUUGGCAAUCAGUGCAGUAUUUUGAUUUAACAAAGGAAUUGUGACAUUUUGGGGUUAAGAGACUGAAGACUUUUCAUUGAAGAUCCAAGUUUUCAGAUGCUAUCUUUAAUGUAGCUGACAUUAAUCAUAAAAAUGUCUUAAGAAGUUAAUGAAGUUCUUAAGCAUUUUUGCUUAUUUCAUUAUAUGUGGCUUUCCUUUUAAAAUUAAGGUGUUGGUGGCUUCAUUUCACUUUACAAAUAAGUUAAGAGGGCUGGGAUAAUUUUAACAAGUUAAAUCACUGAAAUGUGAAACAAAACAUUAAUGGGACUUUUGUUCAUUCCACUUUAAAGUUAAAACAAGUAUUUUAAAGAUGAUAGAGAUGAGCAUGUAUUCAGUACAUCUGGGCAUCGGGGAGUUUUGCACUUUGUAACCUCGUGAACUGCAUUUUUGACUGUUUUAUUUGCACUGGUUCAUAGUAUAUAUGCAUAUAUAUAUACUGCAGAUUGUUUAUAUGGGCAUUGCUGUUAUCCCAGCCCUUCUGAACUCCACCUGCUCUUCACACGAAAACCAAUGGACAUUUGUCUCUUGUCAUUCUCAUGUAAUCCACUAUAUUUGCCAAUUUACUGUAUUUUGAGCCUAAAAUCUGAGCCCAUUUUGCAUCAACAGGCUUGCAUUUCCCCCAUUUCUGCCAGAAAACUAAGUACUGUAUUUUGUGCAUUUGUACAUUGUAUUGAAAUGUAUGUAGUGCUGUUCACAACACUGUCUCAAAGCGCUUUACUAAAUAGUUGGUGUAUCUACAUAUGUAUUUUUCUCCCAAUAUCAAGAAAUAUAAUGCAAAGAAACUAAUUUUUUGCAGAGUUAAAAUUGCACUGAAAAUAGUCAUGCUGGUAGGCAGUGUACCUAGUGGCUCAGGAGAAAAGGGGACGAUUAUAACAGAUCUCUGUGUAGCCAACCAGCUUUUAGGAGUCUCUCUCAUUGUUAGUGGGAUUCUAUUCAUUCAUCAGUGGGACUGCAGAUUCCUCACUGAAGUGUCCCAGUGUUCUCUGGCUGCUUCAUGCACUGAUCUUUCAGUUCCUUUGAAUAAACCUGCUGCAGGGAGGUCAAUAUAAUGAAACGAUUGGAACAAGAUGGUUUCCAAACAAAUCACUCCAUCUUUUAUUCUGUAACUUGUCAGUUUCCUCUUAGAAGAGCUCUAGCUAGAAGACCCUUUAUUAAAGGCCCAGGGUAGGCUUUUUACAUUAGAUUGAUUUUUUUAAAAUUGAAGGGGCUUUUUUAUAAAAACCUGCUUUACAAGGACUUUUUGUGAACUGGCAUUUUGAUGAAAAGCCCCUUUUUUAAAAAGAAAUAUGGCCUUUAACUCUUCUUUUUAAGACACUAUAUAGUUUCCUGUCUGAUUUGAAAGUUCUACUUACUUUGCUUGCUACUUCCACCAAAAACUUAAAAUAUAAAAAAAUCCAUUGGGGAAAUGGCUUCAAAAAUGUUUGCUCAGCAGGCCAGUGUAACUGGUUUUCAUGUGAAGAGAAGUUGAGAGUUUUAAUCUCUAUAUUCUUAGUUUUGCAAAUGUCUACAGAAGUGCCGAUACGUAUAUUUGUAUUACAAUAUCAAGUUACUGGCGUUGUGAGGGCCACACAUUUAUGAUACUGUAGCUGCUAUAUUUAUUUAAAUGGAGACGGACAAUUACUGCACUAGGAAAUGAGGAGAUGAGCAGGAACCAAGGCUUAGAGUUAGAUGCGGUAUCUCGUUUUUCAGAAGAAAAUUAACAGUGUGAAAUAUCAAGUGUAACAAAGGGUGCUGUCAUUUUAAUUGAGAUUAAAUAGCCAGAUAUUCUUCCUUUGUCUAAAGACUUAUAUAUAUUUUGAUGUUUGCAGUUUAGGGGGUGGGGGGAUAAAUGGUACCUCAUCUGUGGUGGCAGUUUCCUGUAUAUUUUCACAGGAGUAUAUGGAUUUUUUUAUUUUUGUACCUGCUCUCCUUUAAAGAAAAGUUUUCUCAAGUUUUAUGUGCUUUUUAGAGAGAUCUCGAGUGCACCACACAUUAUCCCUUUAUCUUUCCAGGAGCACUCUGUAUAUAGCCCAAACAGGGAUGUGGGCAAAGGCUGCCAGUUCCAUUUUGCGGAAACAUUGGCCUCAUUUGUGCAUACAUCUGUCUAAAACAGUGGUUUCCAAUCUUCUCAGACACUGUACCAGUUUACCAGACUAAGACCGUACCUUGUACUAACACGUGCCACUAACCUCUCAAACAAUGGGGGCAUACACUUGGACACCCAGCACAAAAUUUGUGGCGGGCAACCAAGGAUACUAGCCACGCACACCUGAAAUAACUAUACUGGUACAUGUACCAGUGUUUAGGAACCACUGUCCUAGAAACAGCAGUGCUUCUCUGAAGCUUAACAAAAGGGUUUUUGAUAAUGGCAAUUACUUUAAAUAUGUGAUCUAGUGAUUAGUGGAUCCAACGUUGGAAAGAGGUUGAGAAUUUUUAGUAGUUUGAAUUGUUAAACUCUUGCAGCAUCUGCUAACAGCACGACUGACAACUCCACUCAAACAAAGCAGCUUUGAUUUGUGGGGCACUUCCGCUGUGGCCAUUUUACUCAGGAUUGUUAGAUAGAUGGCUGUCAAAUGUUAGACCAUUUAAUUGAAAUUAUGCAAAGGUUAUCUCCCUAGGAUUCAUUUUGGGAUGGUUUUAGAAGGUAGUUUAGCCCUUGUAACAGCUGUCAAGUUGAAAUGGAUUCCUGAAGGCUGUCAGUCAAAUUCUUUCAAGAUGCCAUUGGUCCUAAAUUGUUUCCAUUUCUUUUUUGUGCAGAUACUUGUCCGAUCAAUGUUUAGGCACAGGACAUUAGAUGAAUAAUCAUGCUUUGUGCACAUCCUAGCUGCUUGUUUGUUUUCUACUAGGGCUCGAGUGCACAAUAGUGUGAAAUUGCCAAGCUCCAAUUUCUUCAGUUUCAAAAGGAUGAGGCCUUUCUGGAUUUACAUUUUACUCAAACCUUGAGACUUGUCUGCCUUUGAUAUGUUCUCAGUUUUGUGAACUGAUGGGAUAUAACCUUUCUCAAAGCACUUUUCAUAACAGAGGAAUCAAAGAAGCUCUGAUUAUGUGCAUUGAAACCAUAACUUUUCAUUUCCAAAUGGUCAUCUUGAAGUUUCUUUUCAUGCCAGACAAAUGCUCAGGCAGUUGCAGUGUUGUGGAGUAAAUGUGUCUGCCACUGGCCAGUUAAUUUUAUCAAAUAGAAAAUCCAUGUAGAUGUCAAAGGGACAAAUAUUCCUUGCUUACUUUCCUACCCAAAGAUAGUACUUGAAUCUGACAUUGUGUAUGGGAUACCAUUUGUGUUUUGGCACAUCUUUUAAUUAUAAAAACUUCACUUAGCCAAUUCACUCAGAUAUAUUAUUUUUGUAAAAAUGAAAAAGAUUAUUAAGGUUAAAGUGAGCGCUAAUCUCAGUGUUUUCUACUAGUAGAAAAUCUUCGUAACUUUACAGUAGUUGUCAGGUGUGAAUCUGAUGUGUACAGGACCCUAUGUUUUACCUAUCUAGCGGAGUCCCAAGAAUACAAUCACUAAAACACUGAGGUUUAAAAUUAGUUUGUGGCCUGAGCAGCCAAAGGCACCCAUGGGAAGCAGUGGGGGUGGAGGGUAGGUGAACGUUUGCAAAGAAGCAAACUAACAAAAGCAUCACUGUUACAGAAACUAAGGAUUUGGUGGAGAGACCCAUACCAAUCACCUUUCCAGCCAUGUGUCCCUGACUGUUAGAAUUCUGUCUGAGAUCCCCUCAUCCUAACAUGGGUAGUUUAUUGUAGUGUCUUGUUAAAGCAAAGAAGUUCCACUAUUAAAACUUGGAGCAAUUUUUAAUUUUUUUUAAAGCUAGACAGUCCUCAGAAAGUGCCUUUUCAGAAGAUGGUGCUGUAGAUUUUUAUGUUCAAAUUGUACAUGGCUGAAAAUUUGAGAAGAAUUAUUGAAAAUGCCAAGUGUUUGGUAUCAUUUUAUGUAACUUCGAGCAGCAGUUUCUGAGUCAGGACCAAGAAUAACCAAGGAAGGGUGUAUUCAGAAGGAGGGAAACGUAUUGAGGAACGAUCACCAAAUUCAGCUUGUAGGCUUGAAGUAGUUUGGAUUUUAUUUAAUGUAACUAACCACUUCCUAUUUUAGGAGGAUGCAUGGGGUGGGGUGGAGGAAAGGGGGAGAAAUAGCACAGGACACUUCAGGCAGUGGUGUAGUUAAUAAUAUUUAAAUAGGAUCAUAGAUGAUCAAAGGACAUGUCCUCAUUUUUGGAGAUGAAGCAGGUUGACAGAGAUGAAGUAAUAUUCUCUGGGGGCUUAUAAUGAGAUAGUAUAUCCUCCUGUGAGCAGACUUCACACAACCUGUAAUGUUUACAUGCCAAGUGAACUUCUGAUGACUUAAUAGGGACGUUUGAUAAUCUAAGUGGUGAACAUGUUUGGAUGAUUGUUGGCGCCCUGUUUUCACUGGGCUAGAAGAUGUUGUGGAGCCCCUGAUGACUUUGGUGAGCAUUCCUGCAGUCAGGAAGAGUUGUCGACUAGACUAAUAAACACUGCACCUCAGUAACCUUGUAAUGCUGCAUAAAGUAAUAAUAAUAGCAGCAAAGUUCUGCCUUGCUUGCACAGGCCUGCGAAAAUACACACACAACUUUCAUUUUUGUGAUGCCUUAAUAGCAGUUAAAAUACUUCUUUUUAAAGAAGAGGUUUGUCCUUUAUUGUGGUGUUUCCUUAUAUUUAUUGGUUAUUUGUGUGCAGCUUGUAGUUUCAUGUUUGGCCUAAAUGUUGCUUUAUAACACUUUUUUUUUUUUCAAGGAGGGAGUUGUUGCUAGGUGUCUUUUUCUUUGUGAAAUCAUAACUUUACUAAUGAUUGAGGAGAAACUGAAUGAAACGAAGUGAUCAGGACAUAAAACAGACUACGUCGGUAGCUGGAUUUGAUUUAGAAUUCUGACGUGCCCUUUUUCGUGUUCAGUUUUACUGUAAAUCCAGUACUAGUCUUUAAUAACAUGUAAAACGUAUUUCUAGAUCAUCUGAGAAUAAUGGUAUCUUGAUAUUAAGCAAGAUGUUUUCAAGAGUCAGAAACAUUAACAUGAGACUCCCAUUUCUACUGAUAAGUGACAGAUUUGCUGGAAUUGGUUUGUUCAGUAAGUCUACCAAUAUUUCUAGUCUGAUUAAGCAGUGUCAGCACCUGUAAUUUGGAAUUGCUCUCUUAAAUUCAAGUAAUUAGGCUAUUCAAAUUGUAAAGGGGGGAUAGUGAUCCUUCCUUGAACUUUUAGGUCUUUAGGGGAAAAAAGCACUGUCAGGUUAAUCCGUAAUUAAAAAUACUUAUUACUUAAUGUGGUUUAUAAAAAUGAAUUUUAAAGAUCUAAUUUAUUUUUCUCUGUUUUUUGCUCUCUUUUGCUUCUGAUUCAACUUAGACAAAGAAAUUAAUUAGUUUAUAGUAACUUUAUAGUCAGAGCAAUAUUGGCAUUUAAACUUUCCUCUGCAGUGAUUCAACCUAAACUCUUUUCUCUCUUAAAUCUGUAAUUCCUGAAGGCAUUUCUUGUUUAGGUUUUAUUAAAGUUUAUUCUACAAAACCUAAAUUCAGGACCAAAAUUACCUUACUUUUGUCUCGUUAGUAACAGCCAUACCUUUAUUUUACUGAUUGAAAAGGACCAAAAAUUCCUGUUCCAUUUUUUUUUUCAUGCAGAGGUAGACCCUGCAUCUUUUUUUCCAUUGCUCAUAGCCAAUUUCAUAUGACUUUUAACCAAUCCAGAAGUUGUUGAAAUCCAAUAAGAUUUCAGUUCUUGUCCUCUUUGCUUUCCAUACUUUUGUAGCCAUAUUUACAAAGUCUAAAGAGACUUAAUUUAAAUUUGGUGAUAUUGUUUUUAUUGGGCACAAGCUCUUAUUAAUCAGUCUUACCUGAAUUAAGAUGCACUGUGGCAUAUGUAUGUAAUUCCAGUAGAUCUGUAUUACUCAGCGGCAGGUGUGUGAUGUUUUAAAACAUCCAGUUUAAGUUUAAACUGAAAAAUGGCACAUGGUGCAGACCCUCUCAUGAAAUAUUUUCAGUAGGAAAAAUAAUCUUCUGCAUAUAUCUAGUUUUAAUUCAUCCUUCUUGCUGAGACUUGGUGAGUGAACAUUUUCUGGAAUAAAUUGUAUUGUUCCUAGUCUGUUGUGCUUGGGUGAAUGAUUAAACCAAACUGAAUUAUAUGUCAGGAAUCUGUCACUUUUCUUUCCUGUAUUACUGAAGUAGAGAACAGAUGGCAGUGAUGACAGUUGCAUCAAACCAACAACAGAGAGCUGUCAAAAGCAAUGCAAGGGGGAAAUUAGUGUUUAUAUUUAAAACAGCGUAAGCAAUGGAAAGCUAAGGUUUCUGCAAGAACGACAUGCAGCUCAGAACCUUGUGAACCUGUAUUUUCAUGUUUAGUUCACCAAAAGGAAAAGCCUCUUGCAUUUGAAUGUAAAAUUAUAAAGAACAACAUUUUUAUUUUGCUUUUACCUAAAUGCUGCUACUUUAAAUACUUAGUUAAAAUCCAAUACAUUGGUUCUAUUUGAAACCAAACAGCCAAAAGAUUUCAUGGGUAAGACCAUAAAAUUGAAUUACUGUUGUAGGUUGUUGGCCACAGUCUUCAGCAGCAUCCAGAGACAAAGCAGUCGCAGUGUUCAUCUUCCGUGGCAUUGCAACUGGUGUUGCUCAUGUUCAGCUUUUAACAUACCUUCCCUUUUCCCUAAAACAAACUCACUCGCCAUACUAUGCCUACAUGGAAUAUCCAUUUCUGUCUGCAACAAUCUUGUUACCCUUUGGAAAACAAGGGUUUAGUUAUUGGACUAGUGAGUGUUAAGGCAAUGAGUGACGGUUUGUGGUGAAGCAGCUGCUAAUAGAGUAACUCAGGAAGGGUUUAAACAGAAGUUAGUAGGGUAAGCUGCAUUCUGCUCUGGUUCUUGAGGGAAUUGAUAGGAAUCUCAAAAGGUGAUUUGAGCACACUUGAAACGUUUUGUCUUGCAGGAAUUAUUUGAGCUGAUAUUGAGAACCCAGCAGGCAUUUUGCCUUUUUCUGAUCAAGAACAGAAGCUGGAAGACAAUUUACACUUGCAGCCUUCCCAAAUAAUUGAUAUACUUUGGUUAAGAUUUUCAUGCGCUUAACUUAAAACUGAGAUCCUUCUUUCAUUUUCCUUAGCCCACUGUUACAAUGCUAAUAUUUUAAAAUGUUCAUGUCCCUUUUUUGUUAAGGAAUGUGCACUCUGAAUGAGAUUAUGCAUGAAUGUUACCCUUUCAGGUACCUUUUUGAACUAGUUUUUAAGGAGUAAUGAUAUCUAACAUGCAUAAUUCAGUAGAUUAGCACUUUCUUCUGCAAAAUUUAACCUAGAUGUUAGUCUCCCUUUCUGUGCCUAUUCAGAAUAGCCUCACCUGCCUUUACUUAAAAAUUGCCAUCCAGUGGUGUCUUCACUACUUACAGUGCAUCUGCACCAUUCACACAUUAGCUUGAUUUUUUUUUUUGGAGUCUGGCUGUUCUUUUUCCUGGCAACUGUGAGGGACAUUUAAGAAUGUGGUAUAAUGAAUGUAGGAAAGCAACGAACUGGUUUGAUUUAAGUGGAAUCCUUUUGGUGAAAAUUUGAUGUCACUGUUAUCUCUGCAAAAAUUAUUUUGCCAGCAGCAGAAGUUGGGUUGGUCUAUAUAAAGAAUUUUGUAAUGUCUUGGGUGUGAAAGAUUUUAGCAAAGUGACGUGAGAAGAAAAGUACCUUCACGUUUAUACCACGGUACUAAUAUAGAGCAGAUCUGUGUAUGCUACAUAGUGUGCACUUACCUGUGCCUGUUUCACCAUUGAGUUCUGGAUGCUGGUUUUUAGAGUUGAAGCUGCUGUGAAGGUAGAUUUUCAGAAUGCAGAGGGAAAGUUUCAGAUGGACCAUACUGAAACAAUUUUGAGACGGUGGCAUGGCACUCCAGAAUUCAAAUUCUUGCUGUGACAUGAACUCCCUCUGUGUCUCUGGGUUUGUCACUCUGCCUCAGUUUCACCAUCUAUAAAAUGUGGAUAAUACCUCACACUGUUUUGUGAGGACUAAGUAUACAUGUUUUGAAGAUAAGUAAUGCUGUAGAAGUACUAAAUUAUUAAUACACAUAAAUUGAGGCAUCUUUUGUAAAUUUUCAUCUCCAUUUAUCAGUCCUGUAUUUUGUUUAACGUUUCUCCCAUCUCCCUGCUCUAGGGGUCAUGCCAUGGACCCGAGCUGUGGUCUUUGCGCACACUUCUUAUCUGCUUUGGGAGUUACCCAUUGGGAAAGGCAGCAGUACUGGUCUAUAAUACUGACUUUGUAGUUGGCAUUUUUCUGAGAACAGGUUUGUUUUUUGUUGCAAGGUGGUCAGUAAGAGGGAAAAGUCUAUGUAAACACAGAUUUGCAAGUAUAGCAAUUAAAAUAUAGAAUUAUUGGCCAGUAAACAUGGUUUUUGCCUACAUUUCCCCAACUGUGGAAGUCUCUUUAAAAAAUAAGUAAAUAAAUAAAUAAAUCUGUUCAAACAUCCAGUUCUUUACAACAGAAAAUACAGGUUGUACAAGGUUCUGUUCAUUUUGGCAUAUCAGCCAGUUAGUUUUCCAUUGGAGAGGUGGAUAGUGCCAGAUUUGAAAAAGGGUUUUGAAAUUCUGUGGUCACGUGGUAAAUUAAAAACGUGGAAAGAUUAGGGCUGCUGUGCCAGGCAAGUAAAGUGACGUUGAAAGAUUUCAUUAAGUGAUAGGAAGGCUAUUAGAAGGAAGACAGUUUAGCCUUUUGAUGUCAGGUAAUUUGGCCGAAUGUUGGCUUCAUUGGGCUGUUCUGUGUUGUGGACCCUAAUAUGACGCUUUCCACCUUGGUUGUAGGCUUUACAGUGUUUUGGACACAGUUUGUGCUAAUGAGGAAAGUGUACGCGUUUCUCCAAGUGAAGCUUUGCAGCGUUGACUCUGGCUUUGUUAAAUGUUUACCUGAAGAUAAGUGCUCCAUCUUAAAAUAUUACAUUUCAGCUCAGUUCUGCAGACGGUAACCAUUUUAAAUGUAUAGCCUCUGGGUACAGUAACUGUACUGAUAAAAACCAAUCUUCUGUUGCUGGCAUUCACUGAGCAGGGUUCUCCCAUAUGAUUAGCUGUACUGACUUACAGUAAUUUGGCUCUCUUGUUUCACAUGUCAGGUGAAAAAUGACUUGUGGGCUCACAGGGUGUAGAUUCAUUUGACAGGGAGAUUCUUAUUUCCCUUGGUGUGAACAGUUAGGCUUUCCAGCAUGGACUGCUCAUGGAUAAAUAGCAUUGGCAUUCUGUGUGGGAAAGUGGUGACUGCUCAGUACCACAGGGCUAUGGGAGUGGUUGGCAUAGCUGUGAGCAUUGUCUAUCAGGCAUUACUUCAAAGGUUUCACUGUAAUAUGUAGUCAUUGGCAGUCUAUACUUGGAGCUGGGGGUGUGAUUCUCAGUUUGAGGUGACACGUUUGUGCUAACUCUCAUUGAGCUAGUGCACUCAAAAUAGUAGUGUAGCAUUGAUAGUACGAGUAGCAGCAUGAGCUAGUUGCCCAGAGUACAAACCUGCUUGACCCUAGGGCUAUGUGCUAUUUUUCACAUGCUAGCUCAAUGACCGUGAGCAUGAUUAUGCCUACUUGAGCUAGGAAUCAGUCUCUCCUGUCCCUUGCCCCCCAGCUCCAUGUGUAGAGAUCAGUUAUGGGCCAAUAUAGCUAUUAACAUGUCUUCAGAGAAUGGCAAACUGUGGCAUAGUGUGCACCUUGAAGAUUAUUACUAAUCAACACGUUUAGGUAUAAGACUACUGGAAGCAGUGGUGUGUAUAUAUAAAUGUUACAUGUCUAUAAUACUGUGUACUUAAAUCAAGAGAAUAUUUGUGCUACUUGGAAUUCCUUUUUGGAAUAAAGGGUGGUUGUUUUUUAACAGACCUUUCCAGUGGUUUGGAAUUCUCUUGCACAUUUGUGUCAUACACACUCUUCCUCUUUCUGAUUUGCUGUUAACUGCUCCCUUCUGUUUUGGUGCUACCAUUGCUUUAUGCAAGAAAUAGAAUGUGUUCUAACCACAAAGACAAUGCCUAUUUUUAAAAGAAAAGAGGGGUUAUCUCAAGAAAAGAACAGAGUUGCGAUUUGAAACAUUGCACAAAAUAGAUUGUAGGCGGAUGACAAAUGCAUUGGUAAAAGCUUUUUUAUUUUUACUUUUUAACCAUCUUGACCGUGUGUGCCUAUUUGUAUUGCGGAUGUGGGCUGCAACUAUUUGGGGUGGGAGGGAGUUGAUAUGUGUUAGUAUGGUUUGAAAUGUAAUGCUAACCAGAAGCAGUGUCCCCGACCCCUCUCCUUUUUCCAAACAAACUGUUCUUGCCAAAAUUUUCUACCUAUCACAACUUUCACUUUUUUUUCCAGCACAGUAAAAUAUCAUGACGUAACUUCUGUCCCACUAUUACUUCCCUCUGUUAGCCGCCUGUAAUCUCUCUGGAAUGGUAUAGAAUAUACAUAAAGUCAUUAGAUCUUUCUUUUGGCUUUAAAAAAAUAAAAUCAAGUUGAGUAUAUUGUAAACCUACCGUAAUCAUUUGAAGACUAAAUUUUGUUUUGAAAUGCAUGUAAUGUACUAUUUAACCUUAUUUUAAUACUUGCAUUAUUUUAGUUUUUUUCCAAAACGUCUGUGAAAAUGAAUGGAGGUUGCAGUGCAGGUCUGAAUCUGAAAGGACAUAUAGGACCAGAUGAUAUCUUGAGGGCAUACUAAACAUGACUGCCAAACAUUUGUCAGAAUGUGAUUUUACUUUCAGACUCCUCUGACUUUUUAUGUAGUGCUAUUCAGUGAAAAAUAGCUGGAAUUAUAAGACAUCCUUAAUUUGAUAUAAAAUUGAAAUGUGCGUAAAUUGGCAAUUUAAAUAAUUUCUCCACAAACUAAUAAAAUGGUAUGGGGGUAUGGUGAUAUCAGAGUUUUUUGGCACUGUUUAUGCAUGUGCUGAAUAGCCAGUUAUGUAUUAUGGUGUCAGCUGAAGGCUCAGAAUAAGAGGUGAACAGAAAGCAAGCAAGAUUCUGAAAGUAAAAUGCUUGUGUGCAGAUUUUUAGUGGUGAAUGUUGUACCUUCGGUUAAAUCAUUGUCUUUUGCAGAAAUGUAUUAUGUCUGUGGUUGAGAUUAAAAGGACAAGUUUUUGAUUUUUAUUUAACCUUCUGCCGCUCACCAUACUUGCAUUGUGAAAUUCAGUCAUGGAACUCUUUCUGAGCCAAAACUGUCACCAAAGUUUUCUGUGACAGGUUCCACUCCUCUCUCUCUGCCAUUCUCUAUACUGGAAGGACUCUAUGUUGUGUUUGUUUUUACCUUUUUAAAAUUUUUUUAUUGGUUUUAGUGUCGCUUUGCUUCAGUUUGAAGUGUAACUUUCACUAAUAACUGCAAUAAAAAAAAAGCUUUGCUCCAAA